UGUUUCUGGUAAAUCGCAAUCCACCUGUGCUGUCGCCCGUAUCACUAACUAACCCCCGCAUUCUCCUUUUACCUCUUUGUUUGCUUGUUCUCCGCAAAUCCUCCUCAUUCUCUCUGCAACCGAGAAGGAUCUGAGGUAACUAUGUCUGAGGCAGUAAAAACUCCUCCGGCCAGUGCAGAUGGAAACAAGUCUGAUGCGGCUGGGAGCAAAACUCCUGUUGAGUCAGCUUCUGCAGGGACUCCAUCCGGACAGAGAACAGCAACCCCUGCUUCAGUUGCCGGAAUGCCAAAUCCGUUUGACUUCUCAGCUAUGACAGGUCUACUCAACGACCCAAGCAUUAUGGAAUUAGCUGAACAGAUAGCAAAGGAUCCUGCAUUUAAUCAGAUGGCAGAGCAGCUUCAGAAAACCUUUCAAGGUGCUCCAGUUGAAGAUGGUAUCCCCAACUUUGAUACGCAACAAUAUUAUUCAACGAUGCAACAAGUCAUGCAAAAUCCACAAUUUAUGACCAUGGCUGAGAGACUUGGUAAUGCAUUGAUGCAGGAUCCAUCCAUGUCUGGCAUGCUUGAGAGUUUGACAAACCCAACUAAUAAAGAACAGCUUGAAGAACGAAUGUCACGUAUCAAAGAAGAUCCAUCCUUGAAGCCUAUCUUGGAAGAGAUUGAGAAUGGUGGUCCUGCUGCUAUGAUGAGGUACUGGAAUGAUAAGGAGGUUCUCCAAAAGUUGGGCGAAGCGAUGGGCUUUGCUGUUGGGGACACUGCUGCAUCCGCUGGUGAUGUUGCUGGUGAAGAUGGAACAGAGGAAGUAAAUGAUGAGGAAUCUAUUGUUCACCACACUGCUAGUAUUGGUGAUGUGGAGGGGCUGAAGGGUGCUCUAGCUGAUGGUGCCGAUAAGGACGAAGAAGAUUCUGAAGGAAGGACCGCGUUGCAUUUUGCUUGCGGAUAUGGCGAGGUUAAGUGUGCCCAAGUUCUUCUAGAGGCUGGAGCUAAGGUGGAUGGUUUAGAUAAGAACAAGAACACUCCUCUCCACUAUGCUGCUGGUUAUGGCAGGAAGGACUGCGUCGAGCUUCUGUUGAAGAAUGGUGCUGCUGUUACUCUCCAGAACUUGGAUGAGAAAACACCCAUCGAUGUUGCCAAACUAAAUAACCAAAACGAGGUUCUAACCUUGCUUGAGAAGGACGCCUUCCUAUAAGUCUGAAAGCUCUCUGAGGAAUUGCAUUAGUCUCGUGUGCUGAUAUCUGCCAACUUGAUGUGUCACCUUACUUGUAUCUACUGCUGCUGUAUCUUCGUAACGUUUCUGGAUUCUUUUAUUUCAUUACCUGGAUCGAGUCCCCGAGUUAUUUUAUGUUUCAAAUGUAGUUUUGGUUGGUAUCCGCCCUUAAUAAUCGCUCCAUUGUUUGAAGUGGCUGGACUAUGAAAGCUGCUUGUGUCGUGUGCUAUGAUUUCCCCAUGUUUUUAAGCAGUUUGGUACUUGUAUGCUCCGGCGCGUCUUAGUGGCUAUCUUGAGAACUUUCCUGUAAAGGGUUGUGAGAAAGGGCUAUAUGCAGAAUUUACACUUGAAAGAA